AUGUCGCGAUCGAGGCGACACCCUCGAGGCGACAAACUUUGCGUGCCUCGAAGCGUCUUUCGACGGCGUUCAGCGGGAGACGCAAACUCCCGAGGGAUGCGACUAUCAUCGUUUCUACCGCCGCUUAUCGUCGCACUUGUCGUUCUCUCCCACCCGCUGGAAGUUCUCGCGCAAGUAUGUCGCGAAUGCGAUGACGCGACUCGCCCGUGCGCUUCGUGCACGGUGGACGUCACGUACGUCACAGAGCCCCUUCCAGUCGAGGCAAACGCGACAACGGUAGAGGAAAGUUUGUUUCUCGGUAGUUUCGUCUUGAAGAGCGUCCGCCCGGAGACGCUCGCGAGUUGGCAGGUCACAUGGAGCUUUCCAGACGGGCAGAGUCUGUAUAACGGUGUAACAGAUGCGGUGCUGAUCAAUCCUGGUGGCCCGGGCGGACAACCCGCGCGCGUUGUCAAUCGUCUGGACGCAACAGUUGACAAAGCUGAGCAGAAAUUUUCGUUUGUCGGUCACGCGGAGGACGGGCAAGACGUCUUGGGUGCGACACGCAUUCGAGUGAACGGCGUCUUGUGCUCGCAAGCAAACGCCGAAAACAUUCAAGUGAGUUUCACCGAUGCAUCGUGCCUUGUUCGCGAGUGGCGUUUUUGCUGCGGGAGCAAAAUCAUGCCUCCAUCACCCUCUCCGCCGUUUCCGCCACCCGCGCCGCCAUUGGAGUCACUCGCGCCUCCAGUCGUCGUUCAGCGCGGAGCUUUGUCGUCUGCGGCGCAAAGCUCAACUUCUUGGCUGAGAAACGGCAGUACCAUGAGCGCGCUCGUCGUGGCCUGUAUCAUUUCCCUGGUUUUGACGAUUGAAGUUUGUCGUAGAGUGCGGUCGUUUAUCGCCGGAGAAGAAGCGCCGCUCGCAGACCUCGACCUGGAAGAUGUCUUUGCUCCAAAGCGCAAGAACACGCUCCUCCUCCCGGGGCAGUGCUUCAAGGCGAGAUCGGAUGAUUUAGAAGGCAUCGUGGUACAAGACGACGACACCGCACGUAUGAACGCCGGAGUUUUGCACAGACAUGAUUUAUUCAAUGCGUCGUUUGCGACAUACGUAGAGAACGCCGGCGAUGUGAUUGAGGAGACGUCGACGGGCGAAGACGUCGUCGAGAUUCAACUGAGCAGCAUCAAACUAGGGAGAUUGCUCGGACGAGGCGCACACGGUGCGGUCUAUGCUGGCAAGUGGAACAAGCGAACUGUUGCGGUGAAAAAGUUGCAUGCGAUGUCGAGCGUUCCUCAGAAUGAUUUAAAGACGUUCGUUCGAGAGGUGCAGGUACUGUCGAAAAUUGCGCAUCCCAAGAUAGUUCGUAUGUUUGGAGCAUGCCUCAAACAACCGCAUCUGUGCAUCGUGGAAGAAAUGAUGGAUGGCGGAAGUUUGCACACGCUCUUACACGAAGAUAAACGUCUUACGGAUCUCGAUGACAUCGCGCGAAUCGCCAUGGAUGUUGCACUGGCGAUGAGUUAUCUACACUCAGAGCAUAUCGUGCACAGAGACCUCAAAUCUCAUAAUGUUCUGCUCAACUCGCACGGCGCCAAAGUCGCUGAUUUUGGCAUCGCGCGAGCUCUAGAGCAGACAAUUGGACAGACGCUCGGUACGAAAACGAACGCAUCAGGAGCAAUCGGCGGAACGCCGGCGUACAUGGCGCCUGAGUGUUUUCAUGGAGAUGUCGAGGCGGUGACGACAAAGUGCGAUGUGUACUCGUAUUCAGUGCUCUUGUGGGAGAUGCUAUCGCGUCGCGUUCCGUGGGAAGAGUACGCAAAUCAUAUGCAGAUAAUUUUCGCGGUAGCCAUUCAGUCUCAACGACUUCCGCUGGAUGUGCUAGGCGAAGACGACGUGGUGACGAGAACGCUCGUUGACAAAGUCAUGGUGCCCGCGUGGCAGACCGACCCCGACGCGAGACCGGACUUUCACGAAGUUGUGGAUGUGCUCAGAAAGCUCCUUAAUGAUCGAGUCGAAGCACGCGACGCGGUGAUGAAAGAAUGUUAA